GCCGCGGCGCAUUCUCCCGCCUCGUCGCGAGGUCGGCGUCCCCGCUACCACGGCGCGAUGAUAUCCGCCUCCUGCUGUCGUGCCGCGGCAAUCGCCACCCUCCUCGCCGCCGCCGCCGCCACCGCGUUCCUCACAUUCUCGCUGCCAUCGUCCCCCAGCGUGUCCACCACCAAGUACACGGAAGAAUUGUCCAUCGCGAGCUCGACACCGCCGCCACAUCCAACAUUAGCUACGGUGUCACCUCCCCCGGCGCCUGCAAAACCAGCUACGUCCACGGCGAGGCCCCGAAAACGAGAGCCGUCGUAUUGGAGGAUGGCGCCCGAGGAGGCGCUGAGGAACGCCAAGAAGGAGAUAAUGGCCGCCGAGCCUGUCGUCGCCGACCCCGACCUGUACGCGCCUCUCUUCAAGAACGUCUCCCAGUUCAAGAGGAGCUACCAACUGAUGGAACGGAUACUCAAAGUUUACAUUUACCAGGACGGUCGGCGGCCCAUCUUCCACACCCCUCCCCUCAGCGGCAUCUACGCGUCCGAGGGCUGGUUCAUGAAGCUCCUCAAGGAGAGCCGGCGGUUCGUCGUCGCCGACGCCGCCAAGGCGCACCUCUUCUACCUGCCCUACAGCUCGCAGCACCUCAGGCUCUCGCUCUACGUGCCGGACUCGCAUAACCUGCGCCCACUGGCCGUCUACCUCAGAGAUUUCGUCAAGGGCCUCGCCGCCAAGUACCCCUUCUGGAACCGCACCAGAGGUGCUGAUCAUUUCCUCGUAGCCUGCCACGAUUGGGGACCUUACACGACCACGGCGCACCGCGACCUCUCCAAGAACAGCAUCAAGGCGCUGUGCAAUGCCGAUAGCUCGGAGGGGAUCUUCACGCCCGGGAAGGACGUGUCUCUCCCGGAGACGACCAUCAGGACGCCCAAGCGGCCCCUCCGGUACGUCGGCGGGCUUCCCGUCUCCCGGCGGCGCAUCCUCGCCUUCUUCGCCGGCAACGUGCACGGCAGGGUCAGGCCAGUCCUCCUCCAGCACUGGGGCAAGGGGCAGGACGACGACAUGAGGGUGUACGCGCUCCUGCCCGGCAGGGUGUCCAGGACGAUGAACUACAUCCAGCACAUGAAGAACAGCAAGUUCUGCCUGUGCCCCAUGGGGUACGAGGUGAACAGCCCCAGGAUCGUGGAGGCCCUGUACUACGAGUGCGUGCCGGUGAUCAUCGCCGACAACUUCGUGCUCCCCUUCAGCGACGUGCUCGACUGGAGCGCCUUCUCGGUGGUGGUCGCGGAGAAGGACAUACCGGAGCUCAAGAGGAUACUCCAGGGGAUCUCGCUCCGGAGGUACGUGGCCAUGCACGACUGCGUCAAGCGGCUGCAAAGGCACUUCUUGUGGCACGACAGGCCCCUCCGGUAUGAUCUAUUCCACAUGAUACUGCACUCCAUUUGGCUCAGCAGAGUGAACCAUGUUGAACUUCAGGACUGAAAAAAAUAUCAUAUACAUGUAUUUGUAUGACACUGAAGUUCUACAUGUAAGAAUGUUCGGGAAGGACAAUGGUGCAUGCAAGUUGUUUAGUACAACCUCCGUCUUGAAU